UUAUAUAUUUCGGGUGGGGUCUCUCUCCCCCGUCUGUUGUGCAAAUCGUGCGCGGACAAAACGUUGAAAGCCUUCGGUUCCACUGGUGCCGCAGUUGUCGGCGGUCCUCUUUUGUUGGCACCAUAUCAAUCCUUUCUCAUUUCCGUCUGGCUCCCUCCUUUUUUCUCUCUCUCUCUCUGCUCGGCUCUGCUCUCUUUUCUUUAUAUUUAUAUACAUACGUACAAUGCUCACAGCGCAAUGCCCAUUCUUUCUGGGCCAGCUGGCUCGGUCUCGCCACAGACGCCCUGUUUGUUGUUGUUGUUGUUGGGCUUUUAGCGUCGGCUCCUUCAGAGUUUGGUGGCCCCUUUUUCCUCAGACUCUCCGUCGUCUUUUGACGAUGAGGAAUCCUUUUGUGCGGAUGCCUACAAGUCCAGCGAUUCCUCCACGACACUAGGCGGACAAGACAAAGUCGGAAUUGUUGAUCUGCACACCUCAUGUGUGUGUGUGUGUGUGUGUGAGCGCGCUGCCCGGGCGGGUGUUGGCGACUGUGUGUGUGUGUCUAUCUCUGGUGCUCGCUGAGCCGAUACUGCCCGACUUAAUCGGUUGACUCUCUCGCUCGUGUGUCCAUGACAACCAGUUGAUAAGGAGCUAAGGCAGACUAGGUCGGAUGGGAGAAGCUAUCAGAGAUCAGUUUCCUUCUCCCUCGUGUGUGUGUGGGAGAGAGCCAGAGCUGAGUUUCUGUGUCUGUGUGUGCGCGCAAGUAGUAGUUUAUAUAUGUGCUUCGUCUUUUUUUUUUAUCUUUCUUCCGUUCGUUUGCUCCUUUUCCAUCUUGGCGUUGAGAAAUAUAAAAAAACCUCGUCUCGCAUCACCGGAACGGACUCAGUCAAGUGGAAUCGAGAACACGGACGCUAAAGCGAGCGGCGAUAUCGAAUCAACGUGUUUCGCUAUUCAUCCGCUUUUCUUCUCUCCGUCGCCAUUGGUCGAUUCUUCUUUUUUUUUUCCUUCUUCUUUUCUUCAACGAGACUCUCGUCGAUUCAACAGUUUGGCUCUCCACAGAACCCAGAACCCAACCCGCCCACCCGAAACUCGUCGACAACUUACGGGUUUUUUUUUUUUAUUUAGUUGAGUGCAGGGCAGGGAUUAAAUUGGAGGAGGGACAACUUUGAACGAAGGGCCGGACACCAGUUUGUAGUCCCAAAGUCAACUGGGGCAACUCUGGUGGGAACAAAGAACAACUUGCGCCUUUUUUCUUUUUCUUUUUUAUCGUCGCAAACUCGCAAAUACUGCUUUACACCGAUUUAGCCCGUCGACCGUUUUUUUCUCUCGGUCAAAUAAAAAAAGAGAAAAGCCGGGCCAAAUAGACUCUCCCGUCUCUGGAUGGACGGACAAGAGAGCCAGAGAUCGGCUCCGGUUGGCGGAAUCUUCUAAGUUACGGGAGCAGCCUCAUUUCCUCCCGCCCAUCGAUUUCCUAUCUUAUGAAUACAUACGGAAAAAGUGAGGGAGCAGCAGGAGUAGCAGGAGUAGUAGCAGCCGACUGGUUUGCAGCACGAGAAGAAACGGAAAAGUUGGGUGAUUGGACUAGGAGCGGAACUGGAGGCGAUCGAGAUGAGCCGGCUGGAACAUAAUUGGCAGAGUGAGAACAGUGGGGCGUCGGAUGGGAGACGAGACUCGAGCGAGUCUGAGCGCUUGGAACAAGUGGCCCGGUCGUUAUCACCAUCUAGCCCUUUACUCCGCUCAGCCGCCAGUGAGGGCGACAAUGAUGGAUCGGAACGGGUCAGGAGCCGACGGAGUAGAAAUAGCUGGACAACUGUUCAAGCUCGAAGAGCCGUUGACAACCACCAGAGGUUACGGUCGGUGCCGGAUGUUCACCAAAGUUCCGGCCGCCCCUGGACCCACCAACCCGGCGGACAAGACGAGUCGCCCAGUUCUCUAUUACCCGGGGCAUCCUCCGCAUAUCAGAGCAGAGAGCAGCAGCCAUGGGAGCAACACCAGCAGCGACGCCUGAACAAGCCGAUCGAUGCUGCUGCCAUGGAUCAUAACGCCACACAACUGACACCCUCUGCCGAAGCAGCCGACACUGGAACCACAGUCGGCGGUCAAACGGAUCAACCCAAGACGCCAAUUCGUCGCGAUUUAGGUUCCAGGUCGCGGAGCGCAGAGGCGAUGGGCACGCCGUCGUUGGACGGUAGCCAAGGUAAAGGUCGGCGUAUCCUUCCGUCCUUGCGACGCAUUUCCACGACGCCGUUAAAGCCCAGAAGGCGGUCUUCGUCGUCGUCGUCCGAAUCGUCCUGCCCGUCGCCGCCGCCGGCUCCCAAACAACCGGCCAGGCCGAGCCCGUUGAGAAGCGCGGCGGUGGCCGCAGCGCGCAAAACCCGGCGAUUUUUCGGCGCCAAAUCAAAUGACAUUUUGCCUGAAAACGAGCGAAGGAUACGGGCCAACGACGCUGCAUACAACCUGCAGUUUAAUUAUUCAAAUAAUUAUAUUCAGACCUCCAAGUAUACGCUGCUGUCGUUUGUGCCGGUGAACUUGAUCGAGCAGUUCCAGCGGCUAGCGAAUUUUUAUUUCCUGUGCCUUCUGGUUCUACAAUUUAUUCCCUUCAUUUCGUCGUUGACACCCGUCACCACUGCCGUGCCUCUUAUUGGUGUCCUGCUCCUUACGGCCAUCAAAGAUGCGUAUGAUGACUUUCAACGACAUCGAAGUGACUCUCAAGUCAAUAAUAGGAAGUCGCACGUCCUGCGCAAUGGCAAGUCGGUGGAAGAGCGCUGGCACAAAGUCCAGGUGGGUGACAUCAUCCGGAUGGAGAAUGACCAGUUUAUUGCCGCCGAUCUUCUGCUUUUGACCACGUCCGAGCCCAACGGUCUCUGCUAUAUUGAAACGGCUGAGUUGGACGGGGAGACCAAUUUGAAAUGCCGCCAGUGCCUCAUGGAGACAGCCGAGAUGGGCCAGAAUGAGGCCAGAAUAGGAAGCUUCAACGGGGAGAUCAUCUGCGAGCCGCCCAAUAACCAUUUGAACAAAUUCGAUGGCCGGUUAACGUGGAACGGCAAGCAAUAUUCCUUGGACAACGAAAAGAUCCUGCUGCGAGGAUGCGUCCUACGUAACACUCAGUGGUGCUACGGCGUCGUCAUCUUCGCCGGACGGGACACUAAGCUCAUGCAGAAUUCCGGCAAGACGAAGUUCAAACGGACUUCGAUUGAUCGUCUCCUUAAUUUCAUCAUCCUGGGGAUUGUUUUUUUCUUACUUUCCAUGUGCUUGUUUUGCACAAUUGCAUGCGGAGUGUGGGAGACGGUGACGGGCCAGUACUUCCGCUCCUACUUGCCGUGGGAUCCGUUGAUUCCGGCCGAGCCACCGGCUGCCGGAUCCACCGUCAUCGCCUUGUUGAUCUUCUUCUCGUACGCCAUCGUUCUCAACACGGUGGUGCCCAUCUCGCUUUACGUCAGCGUGGAAGUCAUCCGGCUGGCCCAGUCCUUUCUCAUCAACUGGGACCAGCAAAUGUACUACGAAAAGUCGCAGACGCCGGCCAAGGCUCGCACCACGACACUCAACGAGGAGCUCGGCCAGAUCGAGUACAUCUUCUCCGACAAAACGGGAACUUUGACGCAGAACAUUAUGUCCUUCAACAAGUGUUCAAUUGGCGGAACUUGCUACGGCGACGUCUACGACUCGUCAAACGGAGAAGUCAUUGAUCCCAAUGAGAAUACCAAGCCGGUGGAUUUUUCGUUCAAUCCGCUUCACGAACAAGCCUUUAAGUUCUACGACCAGACCCUGAUAGACUCGAAUCGCGAGGAUCCUACUUGCCAUGAAUUCUUUCGCCUAUUGGCGCUCUGCCACACCGUCAUGCCUGACGAGAAGAAUGGUAAAUUAGAAUACCAAGCGCAGUCGCCGGAUGAAGGGGCUCUGGUUUCGGCCGCCCGAAAUUUUGGAUUCGUUUUCAAGGCUCGUACUCCGGAUUCCAUCACGAUUGAGGUGAUGGGGAAAACGGAAGUUUACGAGUUGUUGUGCAUCCUCGACUUCAACAACGUCCGCAAACGGAUGUCGGUCAUUCUGCGUGGUCCCAACGGCAAGAUCCGCCUUUACUGCAAAGGGGCCGACUCGAUCGUUUACGAUCAUCUUCAAUCGGGAAACGACGACAUGAAGAACAAGACACAAGAGCAUCUAAACAAAUUUGCCGGCGAAGGAUUGCGGACCUUGUGUUUGGCCAUCCGCGACGUUGAUGAAGCUUAUUUUGAGGACUGGAAAGAACGUCAUCACGAGGCUUCCGUCACGAUCAAGUCACGCGAAGAACGCCUUGACAAACUCUAUGAAGAAAUAGAACAAAACCUUACGCUUCUGGGUGCAACGGCCAUCGAAGACAAACUUCAAGACGGAGUGCCACAAACGAUAGCCAAUUUGGCUAUUGCCGGAAUCAAGAUCUGGGUAUUGACUGGCGAUAAACAAGAAACGGCCAUCAACAUUGGUUAUUCAUGCCAACUGUUGACAGACGACAUGGUCGACAUCUUUAUUGUCGACGGUCAGAAUGUCGAAGAUGUGGAGCUCCAGUUAGUCAAAUGCCGAGAGUCCCUGCGCGGUUACGCCCGUACUCAGCUCCAAACGCCAGUCAGUGGCAUUAGCGAUCGUGGCUAUUCCUCCCACAUUGCUGGGGAAAUGGAGGACAUGCCGUGUGGGCCGGGAUUGAGCGGUAUUGACGAAGACUGCAACACGGGUUACGCCUUAGUCAUCAACGGCCACUCGCUGGUCUACGCCCUGCAGACCAAGUUGGAGAAGCUUUUUCUCGACGUCGGCACCCAAUGCAAAGCGGUGAUUUGCUGCCGGGUCACUCCCCUCCAAAAGGCCAUGGUGGUCGACUUGGUGAAAAAGUACAAACAGGCCGUCACGCUCUCUAUUGGCGAUGGAGCCAACGACGUUUCUAUGAUCAAAACGGCUCACAUCGGCGUCGGUAUCAGCGGCCAGGAAGGAAUGCAGGCCGUCUUGGCAUCGGAUUACAGCAUCGCCCAAUUCCGUUACCUCGAGCGAUUGCUGCUCGUGCACGGACGUUGGUCCUAUCUCCGGAUGGCCAAGUUUUUGCGCUACUUCUUCUACAAGAAUUUCGCCUUCACCCUAUGCCAUUUUUGGUUCGCCUUCUUUUGCGGAUUCUCCGCCCAGACCGUCUUUGACCCGAUGUUCAUAUCGGUCUACAACUUAUUCUACACGUCGUUGCCCGUCCUAGCGUUGGGUAUAUUCGACCAAGACGUCAAUGACGUCAACAGCCUCAAGUACCCUAAGCUCUUCACGCCCGGCCAUCUGAACUUGCUGUUCAAUAAGGGGGAGUUCUUCAAGAGCGCCAUGCACGGAUGCAUCACGUCGUGUGUCCUCUUCUUCAUUCCCUACGGUGCCUACUUUUAUGGCGCCUCUCAACAAGGGCACACCACGUCCGACCAUCAGCUGAUUGGCAGCGUCGUGGCCACGAUCCUAGUCGUUGUUGUCACCGUGCAAAUUGCGCUGGACACGGCCUACUGGACCGUCUUCAACCACAUCACCAUCUGGGGCUCCUUGGUUUGGUACUUUGCCCUCCAGUAUUUUUAUAAUUUCGUCAUCGGUGGCUCCUACGUCGGAUCCCUCACCAAGGCUAUGGGCGAAGCGACUUUUUGGUUCACUCUCGUCUUAUCCAUCGUCAUCUUAAUGAUUCCGGUGGUGGCGUGGAGAUUCUACUUCGUUGAUGUUCAUCCGACGCUGUCGGACCGCGUUCGUCUCAAGCAAAGACUUUCCGCCAUUCGGGCGCACAAAUCCCAAGAUUUCAUGCGGACACCGUCGGCCCGGCGGAGUCGACGAUCGCUUCGCUCCGGCUACGCUUUCGCUCACCAGGAGGGAUUCGGAAAACUCAUCACUUCGGGCAAGAUUAUGCGCAAGACGGGGUUGAAUUUCGGCAGCAAGGCCAGCAGCAACAACGCGGCAAACAACAACAGCGGAAGCCUCCACAAUGUGUCCUCUGGCGGGGGAUUGGCCUCUACCAGCGAUCAACCUGAUGGUCCCGUUUCCGGAAUCUCUUAUCAUCCGACGGGCGAGACUAAUGGCAGCAUGCAGCCGAGCACUCGGCAGUCUCAAAAUGGUAGCGGCUUCCAGCAGCAGCGUCCACCAGUCGUCCCUGUCGUUGCCUACUCUCGAACGUCGAACAGCAACAGCCGGCAACGAUUGCAGGAUCCUUACGCCAUCACCGUCGAUCUGGAGUCGGGCGGAGAUCCUGCUUUACCCAACACCAUGUCGACGUAGUUACACAGUCGACAAAGAAGGACGGAUGAUCAUGUCCAUCUCGGACCAAAUUCUUUCUGAACUUCGCGAGUCUGAUAAAUGAAAAGCAGAAAAGUGCAGUUGUUGUUGCUCCUCCGAUCCCCCUCGGCCCCCGUGUAUUUAUUUCGUGAUUCAUUCACUUUCGGUUACAGACCCCACAUCUACAACUUUUCCUACAUAUUUUCACGUUUUAUUUUGCUUGGUUGUCCUACUUUCCCUCUCGAAAAAACAAAAAAGAAUUCCUCUUCACCCGAAGGUUGUGCCGUUGCCGUUCACGCAACAUUUGUACAGAUUGAAAAUCCAAUUGGAUCCAAAGAAAAACAAAACAAAAAAAAAAGAAUAAGAAGAAGAAGAAAGGAAUUUUUUAAAAACGUUUAAACAAAAUGAACCAAGCAAAUUAAAAUGUCGAACGUGGCGUCACUUGGUGACCAGUUGUGUUUCUUUAUUUUUUGGCCACAUGCAGUGUGUGUGUGUGUAUUAUUGUCUCUAUGUCGUACCCCAAUUUCUUCAGAUUUAUUUUGGAGUUUUCCGUUGGGGGGAAAUAACUUUGAAAAAAAUGCGUACCUUAACGUUGAUGCGAAUUUGGUAAGUUUCUCUCCCUCCCUUGAAAAAAACAAGAUUCCAUAAUCGCUGAUUGAUCGAUUGCUACAAGAUGUUGUGUAAUUUAAAAAUGAUUAUCGAGUUCGGCGUUUCGGGAUGCGUGAUGGGUGAUCUAUAUAUUUAUUCGAUUAACAAUACGAAAAAAAAAACCGUCACUUUUUGAUUUAGAUGAUUAUGAACCCGCCAUCGCUGGGAUUCUUUUGCUUUCUGUUUGAUUGAUUUGAUUGUUUGUUUUUUCUUCAACGCCAUCAUUCCUCUGCAUAAGAUAUCUAAGAUAGUGGUUGUGUUGAGUGAAGUGAGUGCAUGAGUCGAGUAUGCCUUGUAGCUUACGUGUGUUUAAACUGCCUUUUUUCUUUUGUUUAGUUCCUCAUAGACCCCCUCCCCUUCAUCUUUCAUAAAUAUUUUCACGUUCAUUCAAAACAACCAGUGCCCGAACCGUACGCUGCGCCUUUUUCACCACGUAACAAAAUUUGAGUUAUUUUUUAAGUAUCAUUUGGUUGGUUGGUCUUUUUUUGUCUUUUCUUUGUACUUUGUUCCACAUCUCUUUUGGCACGUUUUUUUUUAAACAAAGAUAUUGAAACAUUUGCGUGUCACUUUGAUGUUCCUUUUCUUUGGGAGGUGGCUGACUUGAUUUCAAUUAAAUUUCCUUUCGUGAAGGCUAAUUUAUAUAUGCCCCGUUCCUCUUUAUUUUUCUUACAGAAAUUUACUUCUCGCAAGCUUUCUCAUCCAACGGCUGCGGAACGAAAAGAAUUGAAUUGAAUUUAAAAAAAAAAGAAUAAAGAAGGCAGUGUUUGUUUCCGCUUUCUCUGAAAUUGAUUUGUGUCCUCCUCCCACCUCGCCUCUAAUUCGCCUGAAAUUUUUGUUUGUUUAUUUAUAAUUUUUUUUUUAAAUUGUAGUUUAACUGGAACCACACUGGAGCCGGUUAAAGUUUUCGUUUGUUUUGUGUUUUUUCUUUUUCUUUUUGAGAGUGCUGUGCUAACAACCGUCAAAUAUUAUAUGCCUUUGAGUUUGUAAUUUUAUUCGAUUUAUAUUUUUAAAAUUCUUCAGUCUAUUGCGCCUUUCGGUGAUGGUUGAUGAACGACGAUAGGGCCCGACUCAUUCAGAUUCUCUAACCCCCCUUUUCCUAAAAAACAAAAAAAAAUACCAAAAUGAAAGACAAAUAUUUAAUUCAAAAGUGAGGGACGAUGGCGAGAGUAAAGAAAAAACAACCGCGAGGGAAGAAAUGCGAAUGUGGAUGUUUGAAUUCACCUCCAUUUUCACGUUCCCUCUCCCGACGCAUCUCUGUCCCCUUUAUUUGUACAUGGUCCUCAAACCUUCUCUUGUGUCAACCCUGUCACUGUAAAUUCACUUCCCUCCCCCCUCGAACCUUCUGCUGGUGAUGAAGUUCCUCCUCCGAAAUCGUCGGAUAUAAACAAAACCGACGAGUGCGGUGUGAAAGCGAGACGAUAUGACGAAGAGGUUUUUCAUCUUAAAAUAUAAGUACCAAGUGCCUGCCAUGCCUGCUGAUUUCUGUCUACCUUACCACCCCAUACCCCUUCCUCUGAAAAAACUCGAUUUGACUUGAUCAUCUUUUCGGUAAGAAAACACAACAAAACCAAAAAAAACGAAGAAUUCAAGAAAACAAAAAUAAUAAUCACCCCCCAAAAAAGAAACUGCACUAUAUACUAAAUACAACUACAUAAUCCACUAUAAUUAUAUAAUCCCCCCCGAUUGUCCUCCUGCUUUUGUUUUUCAAUCCUCUUCUGUUCUUCUACCGUAUAUAUAACUAUAACUGUAUGAUACGAUAUAGUAUAUAUAUAUAUAUAUACAGUUACCUAAAACGCGCCAGUGUAAUGCAUCUCUACUCUAUAUACACACUUGUCUUAACUUGUCA